GUGUACCGUAACCAAUGGUAACCAAACCCAGCUGUUUCUAAUCGCGCCUGCAGAGGAGGGAAGUUCAGCUGUUGCUUGUUAGAGAUUCAGGUUAGUCAUACAGGUUAUCAUAAAAGACACCGACUCCAAAUCGGCAGAAUGGCACAUACUGGAGGAUCUGAGUCCAAGCGUGAACAAUUUCGGAGAUAUCUUGAAAAAACUGGAGUCAUCGAUGGACUCACCAAUGUGCUGAUUGCUCUUUAUGAAGAGACAGAAAAACCAAACAAUGCAUUGGACUUCAUUAAGAACCAUCUCGGCAGUGCCGGGGUAGAGUCAGCUGACACUGAGGCGCUCCGCCUUGAAUUGACCGACCUGCGGCACAAAUGCGAAAUGCUGACAGAGGAGAACAAAGAUCUCAAGAAUCGGCUUCUCCAAUAUGAGCCAGCCAAUGAGGAUGGAGGGACAGAAUGAUGUUCCGUUAUUUAUACCAGUCAGGAUUGCCUCAAUCUUGUUCAAGGAGGAGCGCAAAAGUAAUACAAAGUACAAAAGUAAUAUAUCUCUGUUAACAAGGUUGUAUUUUUUUCGUUUGUGAUUUUUUGUAAGACUGCUGUAAAAAGAAAGAUUUUUUUCCCACUUAGGUAACUCCUGUAAGUAAGCUUUUGUUAAGUUUGACGAUGCAUGCUUUCAUGCAUAAUGUUACAUAGUAUAUUCUCAUCAGGUAAAAUAAAUCAAGCGUAAACAUGUAAAAGAA